AUGACAUUGCUGUUCCAGAUGAAGUGGAUUUUAUUGAUCGCUGCUGUCGGUGUGGUGAUGGCGAUGCGCGAUCAGUCUAUAGCUGUUCGUGGCAAGCUGAUAUGUGGAUCAAAGCCGGCCUCCAACGUACGAGUGAAGCUCUGGGAAGAGGAUAGCGGUCCUGACCCAGACGAUCUCCUCGAUCAAGGAUACACAGAUGCAAAUGGUGAAUUUAUGCUCCAGGGCGGCACCGCCGAACUGACACCUAUCGACCCGGUCUUCAAGGUGUACCACGACUGCGACGACAGCAUCAAGCCUGGCUCAAGAAAGGUGAAGUUUGCUCUUCCAAAGUCCUACAUCACCCACGGAAAGACGCCAAAGAAAACAUUUGAUAUUGGAGUUUUGAAUCUUGAAACGAUUUUCGCCAAAGAAGAACGGGAGAUGAUUGUGUCCAGAAGAAGACGAGGGGGCAUCAAUGCCGAUUACAUGGAUCCCGACAAAAGCAAAAGUAGCGAAGAAGAGACGAUGUUCUAA